GCAAUGUUUCAACAGUUCUUUCUGCUUUUUUCUAACAGAGGGUGGCUCCCACUUCGUUAAGACCUCAUCGCUGAGAGGUGAGGCUAAGAUGAGCAUAACCAGUGACGAGGUGAACUUUCUGGUGUAUCGGUACCUCCAGGAGUCAGGCUUUUCCCACUCGGCUUUUACGUUCGGGAUCGAGAGCCACAUCAGCCAGUCCAACAUCAAUGGGACGCUAGUGCCUCCAGCUGCCCUCAUCUCCAUUCUGCAGAAGGGGCUUCAGUAUGUGGAAGCCGAGAUCAGCAUCAAUGAGGACGGCACAGUGUUUGACGGCCGCCCCAUAGAGUCCCUGUCCCUGAUCGAUGCAGUGAUGCCGGACGUGGUGCAGACACGGCAGCAGGCGUUCCGAGAGAAGCUCGCUCAGCAGCAGGCCAGUGCGGCGGCGGCGGCAGCAGCAGCAGCAGCAGCAGCAGCGGCAGCGGCUGCCACGGCGACAGCAGCUGCGACAACCCCCACGGCUGUUUCCCAGCAAAACCCACCAAAGAAUGGAGAGGCCACGGUGAACGGAGAGGAGAAUGGAGCACACACGAUAAGUGAGUGUGGGCCCUGGAGCGAUGGAACACUACUGGCUACAGGUUCAUAUGACGGUUUUGCAAGAAUAUGGACGGAAGAUGGUAACCUGGCCAGCACCUUAGGCCAACAUAAAGGCCCCAUCUUUGCCUUGAAAUGGAACAAAAAGGGGAAUUAUAUUUUGAGUGCUGGUGUAGACAAAACAACAAUAAUUUGGGACGCCCACACAGGAGAAGCCAAACAGCAGUUUCCUUUUCAUUCAGCACCCGCCCUGGACGUGGACUGGCAGAACAACACUACCUUUGCCUCCUGCAGCACUGACAUGUGCAUCCAUGUCUGCCGGCUUGGCUGCGACCGCCCCGUCAAAACCUUCCAAGGACACACAAACGAGGUCAAUGCCAUCAAGUGGGAUCCUUCUGGAAUGUUGCUGGCAUCCUGCUCAGAUGACAUGACGUUGAAGAUCUGGAGUAUGAAGCAAGACACGUGUGUGCACGACCUUCAGGCUCACAGCAAGGAGAUCUACACCAUCAAGUGGAGCCCCACGGGGCCAGCCACCAGCAACCCAAACUCCAGCAUCAUGCUGGCCAGCGCCUCGUUUGAUUCUACGGUCCGGCUGUGGGAUGUGGAGCGAGGCGUCUGCACCCACACGCUGACCAAGCAUCAGGAGCCUGUCUACAGCGUAGCUUUCAGCCCUGAUGGGAAAUACCUGGCCAGCGGCUCCUUUGACAAGUGUGUCCACAUCUGGAAUACUCAGAGUGGAAGUCUCGUCCACAGCUACCGAGGUACCGGCGGCAUCUUUGAGGUGUGCUGGAACGCCCGAGGAGACAAAGUGGGGGCCAGCGCGUCCGACGGCUCUGUGUGUGUUCUGGAUCUGCGGAAGUGACCACAAAAUGUCACGGAAAAAAGAGACAAAGGAUUCUAAAGGACCAGCAGGGAAUGUGUGAGGCUGCGGCACUGUUCAGGCACAGCUCUUGUCAGCUCCAGAAUGGCGCAGACUGACCUGGUUAGUGUGUACUCUGAGACCAGCCUGGCCCUGGCUGCAGGAGGCUGUAUUUUUAUCAUAAUCUUCAUUAAGAAGUUUAUAAAACACAAAAGGCAAACCAGAGCAAAAGCAAACACACGGUCAUAUCAAAGGGGGAAAGAAUGGUCCCCGCCGAGGACAGUCAGCCCAGGGAACGCAAGGCCACCAGGUGGAUGGUACAUGUUUCCAUCCGGAACAGGCUCUGUGAUGACUGAACACAACAGAGUGGAAAACAAUUUUAAAAGCUGUGCCAAAAAAAAAAAAAAAAAAGUAAAGAAAAAGAAAAAUGCUGUGAUAAACCUACCAAAAGGGGAAGAACAAAAAGCCCCACAAACCCCCUCGCUGUGGCAUCACUUUGUUUUGUUUUGUUUCAUUUCCCCUGACGAUUUGGACACUACAGUGGCUCUCGGAAAGGAUCUUCAGCGACCAGUUUGUACCAUGAGAAGUGCAACUUCAUCAUCCGACAAUGCCUUCUCCCCUCUAGGACCUUUGUUCGGUGGUUUAUCUCUUGGCUGGGACUCUGUCAUCCGGGGCCUGCGGUCUGAGAUGGAAACUGCUGUUGGUGUUUGCUCCUUCCCUCCAUCGCCCGCCGCCCCCGCCACCUUUCCUCCUCUGACUGGGGAGGUCUGGCUUUCCCUGCACCCUCCAUAGGCACAGCCACAUGGACACGAUGAGAAGAUCUCCGGUGGACAGCUUUCCCCACCUCCACCGUCCCUGCCCCCCCUUUGCAUCCUCCCCCACUCCCACCCCUGUCUCUCUCUCUCUCUCUCUCUCUCUGUCUCUGUCCUUUGUCAUAGUCACUUCAGAUCUGAGGUCUCAAGGGCACUUUCGGUGCAUAACAAGUGCUUUACGUAAGAAGGCAGGGCCGGGGAACUUUUUACAGGAGAAAAAAAAAUGACUUAUAAGAGAAAGAGCCUGGAGUAUUUUUGGAAAAAAAAAAAAUAUUUUUAUGUUAAAACAAUUUUAAAAUCCUAAAAUGGCCAUCAGACAUAGAGAGCUUUGUGUGAUUCAUAUUUUAAAAAGAAUUUAAGAAGACAUAGGCAGGGUCUGCGGAAACUCUUCCCUCCCCCCUCAGCUUCCUGAAAGGUGGUCAGGAAAACACCCGUGGAGGUCGCCCCUGGGGGUGAUCACACCUGAGGCAGUGGGGGCCUCCAUCAGCCAGCGAGAAGGAUCCCAGCUCUGGGUUGGAGGAAGAGCAGUGUGUGUUUACUGUAGCAGUGAUAACAGGGGCAUGCUUGGACCCUGAGGAAGUGUUUCCAGAACCAGAAGGUACACUGGAGAAGCCCACACCUCAGCUGGAUCCGCCUGUCACCCACACAUUCCCUCAGCAGGGCAGCAAUGGCCACUCCACCAGGAGCAUAUGACAGGCUAUGCCUUUUCCUCAGCACAGUGGCAAUGGCCAGUCCAUCAGGAGCAUGACAGGGCACCAGUGGUCUCUCCACCAGGGGCCCACAACAGGCCAUACCUUUUCCUCAGCAGGGCAGCAAUGACUGCUCCACCAGGAGCUUGAUGGGGUAGCACCGUCCUCUCCACCGGGAGCUUGAUGGAGUAGCACCGUCCUCUCCACCGGGAGCCUGCAACAGGCCACAUCUUUCCUUCAGCAAGCUGCUCCACCAUUAGGGCACACUCAGCAAGUCCUUCCAUGCAGAUCCCACAUAAAGGCCCCUGGCAUAUCCCUUGGUCUAAUGAUGACAAAAGUGAACGUGGAAGGAAGAUAUUUUUUCAGUGCUGAACAUGAAUUACAUAGGUAGAAAGUCACUAGAAAUUUCUGCCGCCUUUAUGAUUCCUUUCUCUCACAAGAGACUAGGAGAAAGAUUCUUUUUUUUUUCUUUUAAAUAAUGAAUCUUUUUACUGUUUUUAAAAAAUUAAACAAAGCUUUGUGUUCCUAGAAGAGCUUCCUUUCAUUGGUUCAGGCGACCUUUGUACUCCCAUUGUCAUGAGCCGACACUGACUUUAUUUUUUUGGAUUAGCAACUGGGGAACAGUCCAAGGACAGGGCCUCCUCUCUCACGGGCUUUCCUGCGGACAGAGGAGGACCUGGAGAAGUUGGCCAGGCCCUUGAGGGCUGCCGAGUCAGGCAGUGGGAAGGGUUCAGUCCGGUGUGUGUUCUAGCAGCAAGACAGGGUAUCAUCAGAGGGUGGCGUCCAUCCACAGAGCUGAAAAACAGCCUUCAGGGAAGGACCAGGACUAGGAAUGUGCUGGGACCAGCCACAAAAGCCAGGUGUGUUAAUCAUUCUCAAUUAAUUCACAGUCUUGCACUUGGUUGUGUGAACUCUUCAAACCCUCAAGACCAAAAGACUGCUCUGUUUCUGAGAUGAGUAUUUUAUUCAGGCUCUGUUCCCUAAAAACUUAGCAAAGAAAGCCAAAGUUAUGUGAUGUCACCAUGCCCAUCUUUGAAGAUUGUCCCCAGGCAAGUUGACAGCUUCCUGCCCUGAGGACUCAUUAGGUUUGGGGGGGGCAGUCUGUGGGGGGCCCAGAUGAAGACCAUCUUUACUGCCCCACUCAUAAAAAUGCACUCAUCUCUACAGAGUGUCAGCCAUCAAAUAUUAACCCAUCGUUGAGCUACAGCUUGCAUUUUACAACCCCAAAUGCCACACAAUGGUGCUGGUCAGAUGUACCGUGAGGAAUUCAUUAGACAAUCUUCACAUGAGUGUCAGUAGCCAGGGUCUCUCCAAAGUGUUGGCUGUAGUUUGGUAUGUGAACUCACUGGAAUCAUCAGGUUGGCCCCUGGGGCUGUGUGACCUUGGACUCAGGCUCCAUCCCUGUGCCCUAGAGGAACCCUCAGGCAAACGGAGACUGUCUGCAUCCCAGCUUCCCACCUGCCACUGGCCGAGAGGGCUGCCCAGCAUGAGGAUGUGGCCAGUGCCCUCCUUCAUCCUUCGGCUGCCAGAAAGUUGGCAGGUUCAUCUUUGUCAUCAAGGGUGGUGGCCUGGUUGGAAUGUUUUCGUUCGUCAUUUACAGCUCUUAAAAAAUAGUGAGGAAAGUGUGUUAGUGACCAAACGUAACCUUGAGAGCAGACAGCACAAGGGUCCCUUCUGUCCCUUCUGAGGUCUUUCUGAGGGUUUGAAGUGGCUAACAGCUGUGUACCACACACCUGGGAAACAGAUGCUGCCCACAGGGGACCAAACAGGCUGGACGCAACAGGGCUCAACCCUCUGACCCCACAGCACUGUAGGACUGGACUCGUUUCGUCUUUUUAAAACUAGAUCAUGGAGCCAAGUGAAGUGCACUUUGUCAAACGUAAGGGUCUGCUUUGUUCCGUGUUAUUUUCCUCUCUUCUAACCUUUGUUUCACUUUUUUUUUUUUAAUUGUGUUUGUUGUCCGAUGCAGAAAUGUUCUUUCCACCACUCACUGAAGUUUUGAAUUCUGGCUUCUGCGGUUUUUAUUGUCUGUGUCAGACGUACAGCCAGACGUGGUUCUCCAUCAGCAUUUUCCAGAUUCUGUUCAAACGACAUCCACCCCCUGUUCCAUUCUCUUCUCCACCCAUGCUCACCCUCACGCUCUUUGGAAAAAAAAAAAAAAUAAGAAUCACCUUGUGUGUCGUAGCUCAUUUGUUUCAAGAGAGAAUCAACAGAUCAUAUUCAGUGUCUUGAAUAAAUUGCUCUAUUUUGAUAUUAGAGAA